AUGAACGACGACGCGGACGUUAUCAAAAAUUGAACGCUUUUGUUCUCGUUUGGUUCGGUCGCCAGUUUCGUUAUUCGUUGAUAUCAACAUCAGAUCGAUUUUGUUUUUCGUUCAAAUCGCUUCUGAAUUGUGAGCGACAUUUCGUCGGACGCAAAUAAUUUGAUUAACUUCUGAAUAUAAAUACACACGUUGCCAGUAUGUUCAAAGAAAACGAGCCGGUCAUUAUGCAUAGCGUACGAUUUCAGUACUUGGCUGUUAUAAUUGCGAAUAUAAUUAGUCUGUGCCAUGGCAUGGCAAUUGGUUGGCUGAGUCCCAACCUGCCGAAAUUGCAAUCCGACGAUUCACCGUUAGAUACUGGACGAAUGUCACUAUCAUCCGCGUCAUGGCUUGGAUCCUGUUUCUCAAUUGGUGCCAUUCUAGGAAACUGUAUAUUUGGCACUAUAUCGAAUUAUAUCGGACGAAAAAAUACACUUUGUAUAUUGGCACUUCCAAACCUGCUGUUUUGGUUGCUGGUAUUGUACGGACAUAAUGCGGUGGAUUUAUACAUUGGACGAAUAUUCGCUGGUGCGACAGGUGGUGGUAUGUACAUUUGUUUGCCAUUAUUUGUGGCUGAGGUUGCUGAUCAAAGAAUUCGGGGGCGACUGGCUUCGUUGUUAAUGCUGAACGUAACGAUUGGUAUUUUAUUUGGUUUCAUCGCUGGAACAUAUUUAUCAUACUAUCUGGUGCCAAAAAUCUUUUUACCACUUCCGAUAGUGUUUUUUGCUUCAUUUAUUUUUUUCCCGGAAACUCCACAAUACUUUAUAGAACGCAAACAUUUUGAUAAAGCAAAAUAUUCACUAAGCUUUUACCGGGACUGCUGUUGUAAAGAACGAACACGUUGCACGCAAAUCGAUACCGAAUUUACCGAAAUUCUACAAUCAGUGCAUGAACGUUUGAAUCAAAAUGAACGAUAUCGCAAAAAUGUAUUCAAAAACGUUUUUAAAUGGAAUGCGAUUAAAGCGAUUUUAAUUGGUUUCUCAUUGACCGCUAUUAAUUUGUUUUCUGGCACAUUUGCCAUGAUAAAUUAUACAGCAAAUAUUUUCAAAGAGUCUGGCUCUACCAUGGAUCCAAAUGUUUCAUCAAUUAUUGUAGCUGGCAUUCAAAUACUCGGUGUGUGGGGCUCAACGCUGUUAGUGGAUCGCAUUGGCCGUAAAACGUUGCUAAUAUUUUCAACAUCUGGUGCAUUCAUUGGACUUAUGUCGUUGGGAAUUUAUUCAUAUCUGAACGAACAUGGUUGCGAUUUAAGUGCAUUUAAUUGGAUUCCAUUGAUUAGCUUUUCGGUGUUCGUUUUCAUCUCAUGCUUUGGAAUUCUACCGUUGCCAUUUAUAGUUUUGUGUGAAAUUCUACCGGCUGAGGUGCGGACAUUCGGCUCAAUGCUUUGCAUGCUAUCCAACAGCAUAUUCGCAUUCAUUUCACUCAAGACAUUUCCAAUAUUAAUGCAUUCGGUUCAUUUGUAUGGCGUUUCGUGGAUAUGUGCUGGUGUUUGCUUUUAUGGCAUUUUAUUCAGUAUUUUUAUACUCAAGGAGACAAAAGGAAAGAAUUUAAAUGAAACUGUGCCAAAAACAUCACUAACAACAACAACUAACGCGUAGCCAUAAAGUUUUUAUUAUCAAAACUUAAAGCACGUAGACAAGUACUGUCUUUUAAACAUUCGAAUUUAUUUGAUUUUCAAUUGUUUUUUUUUUUAAUAUCAAUUAAUUCAAUGAAUAAAUUACAUAUUUUAAAUUAUUAUGCUGA